AUGGAUGACUUUGAACGUCGCCGAGAACUCAGGAGGCAGAAGCGGGAAGAGAUGCGGCUGGAAGCCGAGAGGAUAGCCUACCAGCGGAAUGACGAUGAUGAGGAAGAGGCUGCCCGAGAAAGGCGCCGCCGAGCCCGGCAGGAGAGGCUGCGGCAGAAGCAAGAGGAAGAAUCCCUGGGACAGGUGACCGAGCAGGUGGAGGUGAACGCCCAGAACAGCGUGACUGCCGAGGAGACCAAGAGCACCCCAAGCACUCAAGGGGAGGAUGAUGAAGAAGCUGCCCUCCUGGAGCGCCUGGCUCGUCGGGAGGAAAGACGCCAGAAACGCCUCCAGGAAGCUCUGGAGCGCCAGAAGGAGUUUGACCCGACCAUAGCAGAUACAGGGUUACCGUUACCAAGCAGCAGAGUGGAAAACAACACGGCAGAGAACGAGACCGAAGAGAAAAAUGAGAGGCGCCAAGAAAGAUACGACGUAGAAGAAACAGAGAUCAUCACCAAGUCCUUCCAGAAGAACGACUGGAGAGACGCCGAAGAGAAGAAAGAAGAAAAGGGAAAGGAAGACGAGGAAGAAGAGAAGCCAAGGAGCACUGAAGAAAAUCAGGUAGAGGUUAUGGUGGAGGAUAAAGUUACAGAUACCCAACAGGAAACAGUGGUAACAGCUCUGAAAAAUGGGCAGCUCGAUGCAGAAAUCGAGGAGGGGAGGGACCAAGCUUCAGAGGAGAUUGCCCUUCAGGAAAAGAUAGAAAAGGAAGAAAGAGAAAAGGCUGAAGCAGAAAGGCUAAGGUUGGAGGCAGAAGAAAGAGAAAGACUCAAGGCUGAGCAAGACAGAAAGAUAGCAGAGGAAAAAGCCAGGCUAGAGGCAGAAGAGAAAGCUGCCCGAGAGAGAGAACAGAGGGAGGCAGAGGAGCGGGCAAGGACGCGGGAAGAAGAGAAGAGAGCAGAGGAGAGGCGGAGGGCACAGGUCGAGGAGGAGGAGCGGGCCAGGCUAGAGCAGGAAAAAAACCUUAAAAAGCAGCUAGAGGAGAAAAAAAAGGAACCACAAGAGAAAAAGGUGGAAGGCAAAGGGGUAAAUGAGAAGAAGGCGCAAGAAGACAAAGCUCAGCCAGCCGUCCCAAAGAAACAGGGAGAAGAAAAAGGGAUUAAAGUGCAAGUUAACAGAGAAAAGUCCCAAGAAGACAAACCUACCUUCAAAAAAGAAGAGGUCAAUGAUGAGAAGAUUAAAAAGGACAGAGAAGCCAAAGAAGAAGUGAAGGGCAUCUUGGAUCGGAAGAAGGGAUUCACAGAAGUCAAGACACAGAAUGGAGAAUUCAUGACCCACAAACUUAAGCACACAGAGAACACAUUCAGCCGCAGCGGAGGCCGGCCGGGCGCAGAGGCCAAGGAGGCCGAGGCGGCCUCGCAGGUGGAGGCGGGCAGGCGCCUGGAGGAGCUGCGGCGUCGGCGCGGGGAGACGGAGAGCGAGGAGUUCGAGAAGCUCAAGCAGAAGCAGCAGGAGGCGGCCCAGGAGCUGGAGGAGCUGAAGAAGAAGAGGGAGGAGCGGAGGAAGGUCCUGGAGGAGGAAGAGCAGAAGAAGAAGCAGGAGGAGGCGGAGCGCAAAGUGCGCGAGGAGGAAGAGAAGAGGAGGCUAAAGGAAGAGAUUGAAAGGCGGCGAGCAGAGGCUGCUGAGAAACGCCAGAAGAUGCCAGAAGACGGCUUAUCCGAUGACAAGAAACCAUUCAAGUGUUUCACUCCCAAAGGUUCAUCUCUCAAGAUAGAAGAGCGAGCAGAAUUUUUGAACAAAUCUGUGCAGAAAAGUGGCGUCAAAUCAACUCAUCAAGCUGCAGUCGUCUCCAAGAUUGACAGCCGCCUGGAGCAGUACACCAGUGCAAUUGAGGGAACAAAGUCGGCCAGGCCUGUGAAGCCAGCCGCCUCGGACCUCCCGGUGCCUGCUGAGGGCGUGCGUAACAUCAAGAGCAUGUGGGAGAAGGGGAAUGUCUUCUCCUCCCCUGCUGCAUCAGGGACCCCGAACAAGGAAACGGCCGGCCUGAAGGUGGGGGUCUCCAGCCGCAUCAAUGAAUGGUUAACCAAAACCCCGGAUGGGAACAAGUCUCCUGCCCCCAAACCGUCGGACUUGAGGCCAGGCGAUGUAUCCGGUAAGAGGAACCUCUGGGAGAAGCAGUCUGUGGACAAGGUCACCUCUCCCACCAAGCCAACAGACACAGGUUUGAGGCCGUUCCAGAUGGAACCCGAAUUGGCACUCAAGAUGCUGGGCCAGUGUGGCUGA